UGAGAGAGAGAGAGAGAGGUGGAGGAGCGGCGAAAAUGGUGAAGUUCCUGAAGCCAAACAAGGCGGUGGUGAUCCUGCAGGGCCGUUAUGCCGGGCGAAAGGCCGUGAUUGUGCGUAACUUCGAUGAUGGAACGCGCGACCGCCCCUACGGCCACUGCCUGGUGGCGGGAUUGGUCAAGUACCCGCGCAAGGUGAUCCGAAAGGACUCGGCAAAGAAGCAGGCAAAGAAGUCUCGCGUGAAGUGCUUCAUCAAGCUGGUGAAUUACAGUCACAUUAUGCCCACCCGUUACACCUUAGACGUGGACCUCAAGGAUUUGGUGACCCUCGAUAGCUUCCAGUCCAGGGAUAAGAAGGUCUCGGCUGCCAAAGAGACCAAGGCUCGGUUCGAGGAACGGUUCAAGACGGGGAAAAAUCGGUGGUUCUUCACCAAGCUGAGGUUUUGAGUCUGGUUUGUUGGUCAUUUUUGAGCUGAUUUUGGUUCUUCACAGAGGGUGAUUCUGUUUUUUUAUUAGAUGAUUCAACAAUCUUAUUUGAACUCGUAUUUUUGCUUAAUAUUAGUUGUUUCGAUUUACAAUGAAAUAUUGAUAUGCGAUUCUCGAUUAUAUGUGAAAUUAUAUUGGUUUUAUUGAUUUCUC